AUGGCAACUACGAAGGUUAUUGUGCCCAACGGACCUGAUACGAAGAAUGGAAACACUUUCUUAUACGUGAACAUACCUCUGCUUGUCAUAGCUACAGGCAUUGUUUGUUUUCGUGUUUGGUGGAGGUGCUUUAAGAAUGGGUACGGCGCUUUGAACAAGGCGGAUAUAUGUGUUGUUAUUUGUUUGAUAUUCAAUAUUAUUCAAGUGACGUGUAUUUCAAUUGCCAUUGUGAAAUGGGGCUUCGGCCAUCACGCUCCUUUUCUCAACGCGGAACAACGCUACUACUCGUUAUUAUAUUUCUUUGUAUUUCAAUGUUUCGUCAAAGACACCGUCGCCAUUACGAAGCUCUCGUUUCUUUUCCUCUAUCUCGACAUAUUUCCGCAAAGAAAGUUCAGGAUAAUUUGCUGGGUGCUCAUCGUCCAUAUAUCAGCUGGAAUAGUCGCUCUCAGCUUCACAACAAUUUUCCAAUGUUUACCAGUCCAAUUUUCAUGGGAUAAGACUCUAGCCGGAUCUUGUAUAAACAUCAAAGCCUUCUGGUACGGCCAAUCAGGAUGGAACACCUUAAUGGAUGUUAUCGUCCUUUGUUUACCCAUUCCAGUGGUCCUAAAGCUACAGAUGAACCGCCGAGCCAAGAUCAGUGUAUUGGCAGUAUUUGUGCUUGGCGCCUUUGUAUGUAUCACGAGUAUCGAACGCCUUAUAAGUCUCAACUUCAAUGCCACUUUCAUUCUCGAUUUUACCUGGGCGACCGGAACUUCAGUUAUCUGGACCCAGGUGGAAUCAACCGUCGGCGUCAUUUGUGCCUGCGCGCCGUCGCUGAGAGUGCCUUUAAGUCGAUUUCUUCCAUUGUUGUUUGGCUCUUCAAAUAAAGAUCAAUCGUACGAAUUGAGCGAUGGCGUCCACUACGGCAUGGGCCCCCGAUCUGGGAAUUGGAAUAGCCAAUCUGGCCGCUCAAGGAGACGUGAUGAAUUUGAAGCUGGCAUUGAUGAUCUAGAAAAUUACAAAAGUGAAGGUAGCGAAGAGAGGAUAAUCGGGAUUAAAAAGACUGUCAGUAUUGACAUGACGUUCCAACAAGGGGCCAGUGGAUCAAACACGGACGCCAGUAAACUGUAUCCUGUAGUAUAA